AUGGCCAAGAAAGUUGGUAAGAAGUUCGCUUGGGUGAUAAAGAACUUCUCCUCUUUGCAAUGUAAGAUCUGUUACUCUGUUCCUGUCCUGAUCGCUGACUGCAAAUGGAGUCUUCAAGCCUUUCCUAACGGAAACGACGUUGAUUACUUGUCUUUGUACCUGCAAGUUGCUGAUUUUGAAUCAUUGCCUUGUGGAUGGAGAAGAUAUGUAAAACUUCGGCUAACUAUAGCGAGACAAGUUUCGGAAAUAGACUCAGUAGUGAAAGAAACACAUCGCUGGUUUGAUGAGAAGUCAUUGGGAUGGGGGUUUCGAUACAUGAUUCCCCUUACCACACUUGAUGACGAGAAGGAAGGGUUUCUGAAUAAUGGAGAUCUCGAGGUUGUUGCUGAGGUAGACGUUCUUGAAGUUAUUGGCACUUUAGAUGAAUCAGAGGAAUCUAAUGGUUCGCUCAAAGAAGCUUCAUUAGGAAAGGAAUACAUGGAUGUCAAUGGCUUUCAAGUUCUUCCUUCACAGGUGGAAUCUGUGAGGCGUAUAUUUGAGAGACAUCCUGAGAUUGCAGUGGAGUUUCGUGCAAAGAACCAACAUCUGAGGCAAGCGUGCAUGAAUUUCUUGCUCAGCUUAAUCGAGACGCUGUGCCAGUCACUUGAGGAGCUCACCAAUGAAGAUCUGGUGGAAGCAGACAUUGCACUGACAUAUGUGAAAGAUGCAGGAUUUAAGGUGGAUUGGUUGGAGAAGAAGCUGGACCAAGUCAAAGAAAAGAAGGAGAAAGAGAAGUCUGAUUUGGCCAUGCUCCAAGAAACAGAGGAGAAUUUACUGAAACUGAAGCAAAAGUGUUCAGAGUUGGAUGCUUUAGCGGAGGAGCGUAAGGCAGAGUUGUCGGCCACAAGAACUCCUCUGUCUUUUUACGAUGUUGUUUGA